AUGACGCGACCAGUCCGGCACUGGCCGGGUGGCAUACCCUGCAGCAUCAAACCGCACCCCGAGGAUGACCUGUCCCUUGACCAGAUGAAGGAGGAGGUCAAGGGGUGGCUGCUAUUUGUCCAAGAAAAUUGGGUUCGUCGUUCCGAGGCCGAUAUCGCGGAAGACGAUGGGGGUUAUGAAUUGCGCCAACGGCGGAAGCUCGUCGAGCAAUGGGCGUCCGCAACACAGGAGUCCCGGAAUAGUUUCCAUGAUCGCGCACCCAUUGGCCUUCCGGGAACGGAGAGCCAUAGUGAGGUCUUGGGAGGGUUGCGAUACCCGGCCGAGGCCCUAGAGCGCAUAAACGACACCCAACAGCCCUGCGACCUGCGAGGUGUCAUUUCACUUGUACCAGUGGAUCCCACGAACCCCAUCAAUCGAGCGCGAUGGAUGAAAUUCGUCAUUCUGCUCUAUGGGUAUGGUAUGGAGAUCACUCACUGUCUACAAACUCGUUACAUGCCCUCAGAAGCUGUGCCAAACCCAGCCACCGUGAGAGGUAAUGGUAACCUUUCCGUUGAAGAUUUCCUUGCCUGGAUGUAUCUCGAAACUGCCCUUUUCAGCUCAAUAUACCUCACUCGCACCGGGACAAUUCUGUAUCUUGGGGACACAGGCCCAUUUGCGCUUGUUGAUGAGGAGGGGCUACGAACAGGCCGACUUUCCCUGACUUCAUUUAUGGCCAAUGGUGACGUCGAGGACUCUAUUCUUAUUCGGCCUUUCAAUAUGCACAAGCCUUAUCUGCAAUAUGGGACGCUUGGAAAAGGACUAGACGAUGUGAAGGGUACUGAGGGGGCAUUCACACCUCAGAACACACCGCUCAAUAUGGAUUUGCCUAUUCUAGACAUCCUGUGCAAUGCCCAAGCAGCGGACGAUCUCGUCAGUGAGAUGGCCUUAGGCGAUCGCGAUCAAUGGAAAGAGGAUGUUGAACGAUACGCACCCGGAUACUUGGCCCUUGAAGCAAUUGGCAGGGGUGCAGAGUACGAUCUGAACAUUCUCACGCCUGGCGGUGACCUUGGAGGUGCUGUGAAACGAAGAAUGCUCAGGAAAAUGGCAUCUGGUGUGCACCCACGCUUUAAAGUGCUUCCUGGGCUGUGCUUCAAGGAUAUAUAA